CCCAUUUUCAUUCGAAAUGCAUGCUGGGAGCCUGGCGAGCGGCGCUGCGGCGUGAGUAAGGCCUAAAGAAGGAAGGGCGCCGGUGCGUUUGUGUGAGGCCGCCACAUAUACUGGAAGUAGACCCGAGCAGAGGCCUGGAGAGCAAUCACUAAGUAGCUAGGCACAGAAGCGUCCCCUGGCCAGCAGGGAAGGUUUUUACUAUAAAUAUGUCUUAUCCACCACAUCUAAAUCGCCCACCUAUGGGGAUUCCAACUCUUCCUCCAGGGAUCCCACCACCUCAGUUUCCAGGCUUUCCACCACCUCCUGGUACUCCAAUGAUUCCUGUACCAAUGAGUUUAAUGGCACCUGGACCAACUGUAUUGGUACCAACAGUAUCUAUGGUUGGGAAACACUUGGGGCCUCGGAAAGACAUGAUUGGGCUGAAAAAUAAAGAAAAUGAUGAUAACAGUGGCCCAACUACCACAGUGUUUGUGGGAAACAUAUCUGAAAAGGCAUCAGAUAUGCUCAUCAGGCAGCUUUUAGCUAAAUGUGGCUUAGUCUUAAGCUGGAAGAGAGUACAAGGAGCAUCUGGGAAACUUCAAGCCUUUGGAUUUUGUGAGUACAAGGAACCUGAAUCUACUCUGCGAGCUCUACGGCUUCUUCAUGAUCUACAAAUUGGGGAGAAAAAGCUGCUUGUAAAGGUUGAUGCCAAGACCAAAGCUCAGCUGGAUGAGUGGAAAGCAUCUAAAAGGGCUUCCAAUGGAAGUGCAAAGCCUGAAUCAGCAGCAGAUGAUGAGGAUGAUGUGGACGAGGAUACAAAGAGGCGGGAUGGGAUUAUAAAAGGUGCAAUCGAAGUUCUGAUUAAGGAGUAUUCUAGUGAACUGAAUGCUCCAUCACAGGACUCUGAUUCGCACCCCAGGAAGAAAAAGAAAGAUAAAAAGGAAGAGAUGUCAAACAGUGUACAACUGCAGGAGGAUAUAAAUGCAAUAGAAAUGGAGGAAGACAAGCGAGACCUAAUAUCCCGUGAAAUCAGUAAAUUCAGAGAUACGCACAAGAAAUUGGAGGAGGAGAAAGGCAAAAAAGAAAAGGAGAGGCAGGAAAUAGAAAAAGAGCGCAGAGAACGUGAGCGAGAACGAGAGAGGGAAAGAAGGGAACGGGAACGUGAAAGGGAAAAGGAGCGAGAAAAGGAGAAAGAAAGAGAGCGGGAUCGUGAGCGGAACAAAGACAGAGAUCGAGACAGGGACCGGGACAGGGAUAGAGAUCGCGACAAAGAUAGAGAUCGUGCAAGGGACCACAGUAAAGACAGGAGCCGAUCAAGAGAAAAAAGCAGAGACCGUGACCGAGAUAGGGAUCGUGAGAGAGAUCGUGAAAGGGAGAGAGAGCGUGAUCGAGAGAGGGAUAGAGAGAAAGACAAGAAAAGAGAUCGGGAGGAAGAUGAGGAAGAAGCUUAUGAAAGGCGAAAACUGGAAAGGAAACUGCGGGAAAAAGAAGCUGCCUAUCAAGAGCGCCUUAAAAACUGGGAGAUCAGGGAGAGGAAAAAGGCAAGAGAAUAUGAAAAGGAUGCAGAGCGUGAGGAGGAAAGACGCAGAGAAACGGCAAAAGAAGCAAAACGACUCAAAGAGUUUUUGGAAGAUUAUGAUGAUGACAGAGAUGAUCCAAAAUAUUACAGGGGCAGUGCCCUCCAGAAGAGGUUAAGAGACCGUGAAAAGGAAAUGGAAGCUGAUGAGCGGGAUCGUAAAAGAGAAAAGGAAGAGCUGGAGGAAAUAAGACAGCGACUGUUAGCAGAAGGCCAUCCAGAUCCAGAUGCAGAACUGCAGAGGAUGGAGCAGGAAGAAGAGAGACGGAGACAGCCACCACAAAUCAAGCCCCAGCCAGAGUCUGAAGAAGAAGAAGAGGUGAAACCCAUGAGAGAAGAGAAAAUAGAGGAACCUGUAGAAGAAGAGGAACUUGAACCAAAGCCUUGCCUUAAGCCUACGAUGCGGCCAAUCAGCUCUGCUCCCUCUGUUUCUUCUGGUAGCCGUAAUGCCACUCCAAAUUCCCCAGGGGAUGAGUCUCCUUGUGGCAUCAUCAUUCCUCAUGAGAACUCGCCAGAGCAGCAACCACAAGAGGAAUACAGGCCUAAAAUAGAACUUAGCUUAAAAUUAGGUGCACCUAAUAGUCCCAGUCAGCCAAAUGCUGCAAAGAGGAAGAAGUUGCCAGUAGAUAGUGUUUUUAACAAGUUUGAUGAUGAAGAUAGCGAUGAGGUGCCUCGAAAAAGAAAACUGGUACCGUUGGAUUAUGGGGACGAUGACAAGACCUCGGCCAAAAACAAUGUGAACACAGAAGAGAAACGGAAGCAUAUUAAGAGUCUUAUAGAGAAAAUUCCCACAGCCAAACCAGAGCUAUUUGCUUAUCCUUUGGACUGGUCUAUUGUGGACACUACAUUAAUGGAGAGACGAAUUCGGCCGUGGAUAAAUAAGAAGAUUAUAGAAUAUAUAGGCGAAGAAGAAGCAACAUUAGUUGAUUUCGUCUGUUCGAAAGUAAUGGCCCACAGUUCGCCUCAGAGCAUACUGGAUGAUGUUGCAAUGGUUCUGGAUGAAGAAGCAGAAGUAUUCAUUGUGAAAAUGUGGAGGCUUUUAAUUUACGAAACCGAAGCUAAGAAGAUUGGCCUUGUGAAGUAGUUCUGAAAUGUUGACCUUUAAUUUAAAUGUUCAUCAAAUUUAACUUUGCUGUCUGCCGGGCCGUUAUUUUUCACAGCACACCGACGAGCCAUACAUUGAAGUCUUCAGCAAAGCCGUCAAUAAUUCAGUAGUUUGUCGUCAGACAAGCAAAAUCUGUAUUUUUAUGUAGAGAAUGUGUUUUUUGUUUUUUUUUUUCACCUCUGUCCGCUUUGUCCGGAAUCUUUCUUCUUGUGACAGCCUCUCACCCGUCACUGGACGCUAUCACCCAGUAAACCAGUGUUUUACUGCUACGGUUUCAAAACUGCAGCUACUGUAUAAUGGUCCCUUGAGUAGCAAUGUUUUGCAAAUAUAUGCUCUUGUAUAUAUAUAUUAAAAUCUCCAGUUUUAUUUUGCAA